AUGUCAAAACUAAUCACAGUCUUUGGAGCCACUGGCAAUCAAGGUGGCUCCGUUAUUCGCACCAUCAUUGCUGAUUUGGAAUUGUCUAAAGAUUUUCGAAUUAGAGCGGUGACGCGAGAUGUGAGCAAGCCGAAGAUAAAAGCCUUGAGAGAUCAAGGAGUGGAUGUUAUCCAAGAAGGAGAUAUGUCAUCUGUUGCGGACGUCAUAAAGGCAGUUGACGGAGCUCAUACUGUCUAUGUAGUGACAAACUUUUGGAAAUCAAUGUCUGCAAAGCCGGAAAUCUUGCAAGGAAAGAAUGUCACCGACACUUGCAGGAAGGCUGGUGUCAAGGACCUGAUCUUCUCGUCCCUGAUCAAUGCCUCGAAGGCCACCAGCGGACGGCUUGUCAACAUCACUCAUUUCGAUGGCAAAGCAGAGGUAGAGGAGUACAUUCGUGAAAGUGGUAUACCGGCUAGCUUUGUCAUGCCUGUAAUAUAG